AUGUCAAAUGCUUCUUUUCUCCUACCAGCUUUCUACUUGUUUAUGGUUUCCAUAUCCAUCUUUGCCACCACCACAAGCAGUGCAACAGACGAGCACCGUCUAAGGUGGGAGGCGACGACGACAACACCAACAUGCCAAGGCUCCAUAGAAGAGUGCAUAGAAGAAAAUGAGUUCGGAAUGGAUAUUGAGUCUCACCGGCGUAUCCUAGCAACCACAAAGUAUAUAAGCUACAGAGCACUGCAGAGAAACACCGUGCCAUGCUCUCAUAAGGGUGCAUCCUAUUACAACUGCAAGCCAGGUGCAGAAGCUAAUCCUUACACCCGCGGCUGCGCCACCAUCACCCGUUGCCGUAAUAGUUCUUAG